AUGGCAUUUGAAUUAGCCCAGAAAUUAAAUCUCCCACAUAAAUUCAAUAUUGAAAGACGUAUGGAAGGAUAUCCAUGGCUCGAGUCAUUUUUAAGGCGCAAUAAGGAUCUAGCAGUGAGAAAAUCCGAAGCAAGAAUCUACAAUGUAGAUGAGACAGGACUACAAAUGAACAACAAACCAGGCUUUGUUAUUGCUCAGAGAGGUUCAAAAAACGUAUCGGCAGUGACAUCAGCAGAAAAAGGCAAAACAAUCUCCGUAAUAACAUCUUGCAAUGCGGAGGGGUCAUUUAUACCACCAACGUGCAUCUUUAAGGGUAAGAAUCAGAAACCAGAGUUUGCCGAUGGUAUGCCACCAGGCUUCUUAGUAUUCAUGUCUGAGAAAUCAGCUUAUGUCAAUAAUGUUUUAUUUUUGAGGUGGCUUAAAGAACAGUUUGUCCCAAGGAAACCUCCGGGAUAUGUUAUGUUAAUCCUCGAUGGACACUCAUCGCAUUGCAGCAGCGUAGAGACACUAGAAUAUGCUUCUGAAAAUGAAAUAAUUUUUGUGUGUCUACCUAGUCACACAACUCAAUUUCUACAGUCUCUAGACAGAGGAGUUUUUAAGUCACUAAAGGCGUUUUAUUAUGAAGAAUGUAAUGCUUUCAUUAGAAGAAAUCCCAAUCGACGCAGAUUGAUUUUUGGACAAUUACUCGCUGCAGCUUGGGAGAAAUCAGCAACUUUUAAAAAUGCGGUUUCAUCUUUCAGAGCUACAGGAAUUGUGCCUUUCAAUCCGUCUGCGAUUCCAGAUUACGCUUAUCUUACUGACAAACCUCAGGGAGCUUCACCUAAUGAACCAGAAUCUCAAGUUUUACCGAAUGGUGAAAUAUCUGUUGACAAUAGAAAUGAAUCUGCUCAGGAUUCAUUUAUUAUUGAAAUAUUGGAAUCGGUAGUGAAUGAUUCAGCUGGACCAUCUGAUAUGAAGACACCUGAGAAAGAAAUAGAUACCCCUGGAAAAAUACUGGACAAAAUUAACCCGAUUCCUAUCAGUGAAGCAGUCUCUUCUGCGAGGAAGAGAGGUGGACAGUUGGCUUCUGUCUUGACUAGCAGCGAUAAUAUUAGAAAUAAGAAAAAGAAACUAGAAGAAAAAUUACAAGCUGAGGCGAAGAAACGGAAAAAGGAAGAAAACAAGAAAUGCAUUAAACCAGGCCCUAGCCGCGUUCAAAGUAAGUCUAAAAAAACGGAAGCAAUCUACAUCUUCUUCUUCUGA